AUGAGUUAUGCAGAAAGCGUUGCCUCCACGGACACCACGGAUUCGCUGGAGGAGCUCGAGACACCGUCCCACCUGGUGAUGACUUAUGAGGGAUCCGUGCAGCUCCGGCCUGACAGCCAAGCGGUAGUGGAUGUGUACAGAAAGCUUAGGUGCAUCAGCAUUCCGGAGACGAGAUUUUGGAGGGGUCUGGAGGUCCUGCGCAUGGAUGAAGUAUGGGGUGCCAAAGGGUUGCAUUAUUUGCACCCACUUUGGAGCCAAACCACGAAGAUGGUACUUCACUGUGUGCCUGCCCGAUGCACGAGGGCAGAGCUGGAGGGGUUCAUCCGCUUCAGCGCGCCAAGCAUGCCGCUCGAGACCAGCGUCGAGCUGCCCUUGAACCGAGACGGCACCAACCGGCGCUAUGCGUUCGUAUCCCAUCAUGCAAACUUGCGUACCACGGUUGCAGCUUUGUGGCAGCAGCGUUUGCCGUCUCGGCCAGGGUCUGGGCCACUGAAGUUGUUUCCAGCUUGCUUGCAAGAGUUCUAUCGCAGUUUGGGCGGUGGGCCAGGGAACGCGCCGUUGUGGCUCACCGGCAGCACCAGAUACUGA